CACACAUCCAUCCUAGAGAGAAACACUCAUCAGACACCUUAAGGUCAGACUAUCAAAUCUGAAGAUGAAAAGUUACCUGACGUGCAUCCUCGCUAUUUGCGCCUUGCUGGCCGGCAAUUUGGGUUCAGCCAAUGGACGCAGGCUUCAUCUGGGUUCCUGUGCACUGACAGUUCAUACUCACGAGCUCAGACAUCAUUUUCAGCAGAUCCGGCACAACUUGGUCACACAAGACAACCACAAGGGAGUGCGAUUGCUGAAGGCGGACGUGAUGAAGAGCUUGCAGGCUACAGAGAGCUGCUGCUUUCUUAGACAACUGCUGCGCUUCUACAUCGAGAAGGUCUUCAGCGGCUACACGAGCAGCCAUUCACUCCACCAGAGAACCACCAGCGUCCUGGCCAACUCUUUUCUCAGCAUAAACAAGGACUUACGUGCAUGUCAUUCUCAGAUGCUCUGCCAGUGCAGUCAGGAAGCCAACCUGAAGUUUGAUGUCAUUCAGGAAACCUAUGACAAGCUGGAGGUGGGAGCUGCAUCUGUAAAAGCCAUCGGAGAGCUGGACUCUGUGCUGGAAUGGCUUGAGAGCUUCCACAGCAAAGAUCACAUGUUCCACCUUCAUGACGAUGAGUCAAAAUAGGAUGCUCAUGGUAUUGACUUCAUUACGCAGUGCUGAUUCAUU